AUGAAUCCGAACGCGGAGAUCUCGGACAUGUUGAACAAGGAACUUGUUGUUUUCCCAAUAUGGUCGAAGCCCGAAGACGGAAUCACGGUUUGCAGCGUCCUCGUUAUCCUGCAGCCAAAUCAGCUGCAGUAUGAUAGGGACGAGACAUCCAACACGCGUAUUAUCCACAUCGACCCGUGUUUUGGCCCCGACCCGCAGCGGGAGCUGGCCACGAAAAUCAUAGAUUGGUUCAAGAGACGCGUGGAGAAGUACGAAGACACCGACGACGAGCCCAGCCUUGUAUUUGCGCGUGAGCGCGUGCAAAAGCUGAAGCGCGAGACCAUGGACUUGAGCGCAUUGGACAAGGUGAAGGCAGUUUUCGGAUUACAGGCUGUAUACGGAUUUUCGCGCAUCCUCUCGGAGUUCGAGGCUAUUGUGAAAUCACCUGGUGAACCUGUCCGUGCAGCGUCCGUGAAGGCUUUGAAGCCUUUGCACGAUAAGAUUCUGAGGCAUGCCCAGGACAUCGCCAUUGACACGCGGUACAACGAAGCAGUCGGAAACCGCAGCCACGGUGGUCCAGCGGAGGUUGCACAAAAGCGAGCCGGGGUUCUGGGUGCCGGCGCGGAAGCCGGCAGAGGCGAGGGCGCGAAAAAGGGUGAGGGCGCGAAGAACGGCGAGGGCACGAAAAAGGGCGAGGUCGUAAACAUGGGCGAGGGCGCGAACAAGGGCGAGGACAAUGGCCAGGCCGAGGGUGAGGAGGAGGGCAAGAAUUAUUUCACGGCCAAGGGCGAAGGCGAGGGCGAAGGCGAGGGCGAGGGCGAAGGCGAGGGCAAAGACGAGGGCGAGGGCGAAGGUGAGGGCGAGGGCUGGUAUGGGGAGGAGGGCGAAAACGAGGGCGAAUACGAGGAGGAUGACGAAGAGGGGUGGGAGGGCGGGGAGGGUGGGUACAAGGAGGGCCACGGUGGUGGGUAUGGGAAGGGUGAGAGCGGUGGGGAGGGUGAGGGCGAGGGGGAGGGCGGAGGCGAGGGCGAGGAGGAGGCCGAGGGAGCUGAUCGUGGUGAACGGCACAGGAUUGCGGUCGGCAGCACGAAAAUUGGAGCACCGGUUGACGAGGCUCAUCAAGCUCGACAGUUUCGCGCCGUUGGCAAUCGCGGAUUCGUGGGACAGACACGCCUUGCGCGCCGGUCAGAGCGUUCGAUCGCGCAAAGGCGGACUGUGGACGAGUUGUCAUCGUGGCCUGCUCUGUCGCUCGCGCACGAGGUCGUCCGCCUGGACUCCGCGCUCGAGAAUUCGAGGCAGGACCUAGCUGAUGCGCGACACAACAACUUCGUGCAGCGCAAGAAAAUCCGCGAACUGCUGACGAGGAUGGGGGAGCAUCGCGCCGCGUUGUCUCGUGUGACCGACAGGUCUGCCAGUGCUCUUAGGAGGCUGGAGGACAUGGAGAGACGUGCUGGGAAGGAUCUCGUGGAUGCUGUGCACGAGGUUCGGACGGAACGUGCAUCCGCGACAGCGCAGCGGGAGUCGUCGGAGCGUGCCACAGCGAAGUUGGCGGAUGCGGCUUCUGCCUUCAUGUCGAUGGUUUCGCAACACGAUCUUAUUUCGUCGGGGCCAACGAGGAUGGAUUUCUUUGCAAACGUUCGUGGUGGAGAGACGGGAUUGGCAAUCGCGGGCGAAAGGGGUGGAUAUGGUGUGCGGGAUCCGGGCCAAGGGCGGCGCCCGGGUAUGGAAUCCGCCGACGCAGCAGUUGGAGAUGAAAAAAGCGGGAAACGUAGCGCGGUCCUUCCUGCUCCUCUCGCAGCCACACCCCCCCCGAAAAAGGCAAAGACAAACUCCGACCCGGUCAUCACCUGUCAACCCGCAAUCGGAAAUGUGGGUGGUGAAGUUCCGCACGGGCCAUCACAGUUCGCGGCUGGCAGCGCUGGAGGUCGUUCUGCUGGGGCAGCCACUGGCGGGACACUGGUCGUGCCGCUUAUCAGGGGAGUGGACGGCACAGAUCCCGACGAGACCGAGGCCACGAAGGCAACCCUGGCGUUCAUGGCAAGACUCAAGGGUGGUAAGGGGACUGCAAAGGGCCCCGCGAAGGACAAGGGCCCCGCGAAGGAUAAGGGAGCCGCGAAGGAAAAGGGAGCCGCGAAGGAAAAGGGAGCCACGAAGGAAAAGGGAGCCGCGAAGGAAAAGGGACCCGCGAAGGAAAAGGGACCCGCGAAGGACAAGGAGCUCGGAGUUGGCAUUCGGGUGAACGCGAAAGGAACGGCGUGGACGCUGGAAUUGCACUACCAGAACUUGCGCUGGUACUUUGGCAAUUUCAACGCACUGGCGAAGGCGCGAUAUACUGCCGCGGUUGUACAGACCGUGUGGCACAAGAAGGUUCCGAGCGACAAGAUGGUUUUGUCGGAGGCGGAAGAGGAGAAAUGGACCGCGGAUCUGGAUGUUGCGCGUCUUUUGCAUCCGGGGGUGUUCGCGGUAAUGUUUCUUCGCGGCAUGUGCAUUGGGGGCAAAAGGAAUGCAGCCGAUGGACCGGACGACCUGAUUGACGAGGUCGCGGCCUCGGUUGCGCUGGGCCUCGAGGUGGAAGCGGACGAGCAUUACGCGAAAUCGAAGGUUCCAGAGGGUGCUCUUGCCGGGUCCGUGGCGUUUACGGUCACGUUCCUGUGGCUAGUCUCCAAGGGACGUGAUCGCGGCUUCGCUGACACGGAAGCGAAACGCGCUGCAGAGAAGGCUGGAGCCCCGGGCCUGAGUGUGGAGCUAAUCUUGGCCGCGUGGCUGAACAUUAUCGUGGCUCUUAAGACAAGCGACGAUGCGGACGAGGUGGAGAAGCAGGUGGUGGCCGCUUUCAAGGGUGCGAACAACAAGAGCUUGGAACCUCUCGUGCAUGAGAUGGUCGACGUACUGAGCACGUGGUGUUACGAUCCCGAGGCAGCAGCGAAGUUGAGGGGUGUCGGCCUGUUUGUGGAGUGCAGCGAUGAUCACGCCAAAGCAAGGAGCCAGCCCAGCACGCGUUGGCGUGCGAAGAAGCCAUCCCCGCCAUCCCCGCCAUCCUCAGAACCUGGGAUGGAGAACGUUGAAGAGAUUUCCGAUGAUGACGAGUAA